UGAUGAUGCAGAUUGGCAUGUGAUGUGUGGACCGACGAGUCUUUCAAAAUUCAAUUAUCAUUCUUGGGAUUGUACUGAAAUUGAAUGUUCUUUGUGAAAGAUUUUUCUUCUUCUGUUUACUGUCCCAGUGUAGUCCAGUCAAAAAAAGGUUACAGAAAAGAAACGAGAAGACCCAACCACCACCCACCACAGUGGUUACUAUGGUGCCCAGCUCACCUCAUCUUGUCUUCUUCUGCUUCUUCAUCCUCUUCUCCGCCACUUCCACCACCGCCACUGACCACAUUGUGGGUGCUAACAAAGGCUGGAAUCCUGGCAUCAACUACACUCUAUGGGCCAAUAACUCCACCUUCUAUGUUGGCGACCUUAUCUCAUUUAGGUACCAAAAGACCCAGUACAAUGUGUUUGAAGUGAACCAGACUGGCUAUGACAACUGCACCACAGAGGGAGCACUAGGCAACUGGAGUAGUGGUAAAGAUUUCAUACCUCUUAACAAGGCCAAGAGGUACUACUUCAUAUGUGGGAAUGGGCAGUGCUUCAAUGGCAUGAAGGUUUCUGUUCUUGUUCAUCCUUUGUCUCCUCCACCAUCAUCUAGCGUUUCUGCUGCUAACCAGACUUCACCUGAUUCUGCUGCUCCGGUGGUUUUGCAGAAGGGGUUGGUAGGUUUUAGGGCUUUUAUUGUGGCAUUUACUUCCAUCUGGUUUGGAUCUGGUUGGAUCUAGGACUAGUGGAGUAGUGUUUUCAUUUGGUUGUUGAGGCCUAGUGAGAGUUUAUUACUCCAGCUCAAGUGUAUCGUUUCUGGUCUUUCUUUUCUUUUCUUUGUGUUUUUAGGUCAUAAUUAUUCUCUUCAUUUAUCCAUUUUUGCAUUAGAUGUCAUUUGGAAGCGUGUGUUUUAUUUGGCUAAUCAGAAAGCUUCACUGGAA